GUUUACUCUACAGACAGGCAGCCUGUGACAGUGCCCAGGCCUAAUGAAAUGGAUUUUUCUAAAGCAAAGCAAUCGAGACAGAAAGUUAUUGAUUUAAGUAAGAAAGGUUCAAUUGACGAUGCAAUUGUUCCUUUAGUAGAUAAAAUAAACUCAUCUUCAUCGUAUUUCACAACUAGUUCAUGCUCUGGUCGUAUAUGUGUCUUCCAAGAGAAAAAUGGAGUUCAGAAGAAAGGAUGUGAAUGGCUUUAUGUAACACAUAGUUAUGGAUCUAAUCAAGAACUGGAGUCUUGUAUGUCAAAAAUCACUGGUGAUGCCUUCUUCAAAUUUGAACCAUUCAUUUUACAUGUACAGUGUUCAGCUAUACAGAAUGCCAGAGUUAUGCAUGAGGCUGCAAUAGCCUCUGGGUUCAGAAACUCUGGCAUAUCAAUUGGAAAAAGAGGCAAAAUCAUGUUGGCAAUACGCAGCACACAUGGGCUGGAAGUUCCAUUGUCAAAGGAGGGCAGAUUACUAAUAAAUACUGAAUAUCUACAUCAUAUAACUGAGUUAGCCAAUGAGAAAAUGAAAGAAAACUUCAAGCGAAUUGAUAGGUAACAACAAGUUAUAUAUAUUGUACAUAGAGAAUAUUGUGAUAUUACUAUACCACUGAAUAUUAUUAGUAUCUGCAAUUACAUAAUCAUUGAAAAAAGUGUGAAUAUUAUGGCCCAUCAGAUUGAUCUCUGUUUUACAUGUGUUCAUUGAAUACUGGUGUUGUAUCUGCAUACAUUAUAGAGUGUGAAAUCAAAUACUGUACAUUCAAUUGGAUUUGAACCUCACACCAAAGCCUUU